CUAACAUUUUUUACUACACUUUGAACCUCAAAUAAGAAUGAUGAACUAAUUUAAAAAGACCAUUUAAUAUCAAUGCAAUGGCUUCUAAGAUAUACAGUGGCUAAUUCCGGCUUGUUUGAUCUUAAAGUCAUGCUCUUAAACUCUUUUAAUCCAUCUGACUAUUUGACUCUCCGGGUUCUUGAACUACAUCAGCCACUUAACACCUGCAGGAUCGCUUCGGAUUAAAAAUUUCUUUUCAUUGGUAAAAGUGUUCUACACACUUCACAACUGCCUGGAUUUAUCUUCUCUUGACGCAGUAAUUUGGCUCCGGUUUGAAGAUUACUUUAAUAAAAUAAACCUUUAAUUCCCGCAUUACUGAAAUCGAUGAAACUUCUACCGGCUUCCUGGGAGUCAGCGAUUUCAGUGACAAAAGUAUAUGGAAAGCCCUAGUAGCAGAAUGCCUGGGAACCUUCAUUUUGGUACUUAUCGGUACAGGUUCUUGCAUAACCAUGGGUAAUGCACCAGCUGAUGCAGCUCAAAUUAGAAUCGCCUUCACGUUUGGACUGACAGUAGCUACUUUAGCGCAGGCAAUCGGACACAUCAGUGGUUGUCACAUAAAUCCAGCUGUCACAUUCAGUCUUCUUCUUACUGGAGAUGUCAAACUAGUCAAGGCAGUUUGCUACGUGGUCGUGCAGUGCGUCGGAGCAAUUGGUGGGUCAGGUCUAUUAAAAUUAAUAGUUCCAGACGAGAGGGUAGGAGGAUUCGGAGUAACAAGUAUCGGUGACAAAUCACUUUCACCAGUACAGGGUAUGAUCAUGGAAGCCAUCUUGACGUUCCUGUUAAUCUUCGUCAUACACGGAGUGUGCGACUCGUACAGGAAAGACAUCAAAGGAUCUGCUCCACUAGCUAUCGGGUUAGCCGUAGUUGCCGCUCAUUUGGUCGGUAUCCAAUUUACGGGUUCCAGCAUUAACCCAGCUCGGUCUUUCGGUCCAGCUGUCAUUAUGAAUUCCUGGGAAAAUCAUUGGAUUUACUGGGUAGGUCCUUUGGCGGGGGCAGCAGUGGCGGCCGUUUUCUACAAACUUUUAUUUAAAGUUCACAAAGAAGAAUCAUAUGACUUGUAAAUCGAAGAAUCCUCACACCGAAUUACAUAGCUAUUGAAGAUACUAAUUUUAUUUUAUAUUUUAUUUUUUUUAUUUAAAUAAAUAGUUUUUAAUGUCUA